AUGGCGCUGGAUCUAGACGACGGCUAUGUGGCCCCCGGCCUGGGCUCAGGCGGCGUGGAAACGUCGCUGCCCAUCUUCAACGUCGAGCGCGUGCAGCUGCAAUUCAACAUCGCCUCGGAAUUUGUGGCCGGCCAGGUCGCCAACAACGUACUGAUCCUCGCGUUGGCCACGGGUCGCAUCUUGCGGAUCGAUCUCGAGAGCCCGUCGGACAUUGAUGAUGUCGACCUGCCCAAGAAGACCAGCGAGGUCGGGCUCAUCCGCCGCAUGUUCCUCGACCCCUCCGCCUCCCACCUGAUCAUCACCACCACCCUGGGCGAGAACUUCUACCUGCACAGCCAGUCGAAGCAGCCCAAAGCCCUGUCGCGCCUCAAAGGCAUAUCCAUCGAGGCGAUUGCGUGGAAUCCUUCCCAGCCGACGGCCUCGACGCGCGAGAUCCUGGUGGGCGGGACAGAUGGGAACGUCUACGAGAUCUACAUCGAGCCGGCGUCCGAGUUCUACCGCCGCGAAGAACGAUACUGCACACAUGUUUGGAAGAUCCCGGACGGCGCCGUCACGGGCCUGUGGGCCGAGACAAUUGACGCCAAGGCAGACGUACGGAGAGUGAUUGUGGCAUCGCAUUCGAGACUCUGCCACUGGAUAGGCAAGACAGGCGGCCGGGGAAAAGAAGGCUCAGCGUCCAUCUAUGCCGACCUUUUUUCCAAGGAAGCCCCUGUCACUCACGACACGACGGGCUCCUCUGCAUCCGCACCGUCAUCUUUUUCGGUGUCGCCUGAGUCUCCAGAUGCUGGCCAGGACUCGGAUCGCAGUUUCGCCUGGUUAUAUUCACAGGGAGUCUUCACGGGCAAGCUGCUGACCUCCCCUGCGUCCUCCAGUCUGGGUUCCAAGAUCUUUGGUGAGGCCAAACUUCACCCGCGAUCUGUGUUCCCGGAAACGAUUUCUGCCCGCGGGGGACGAAAGUUGAUACAAGAUCCCAUUGUCUCGGCGAUUCUGUCCCAAUGGCACGUCUUGGCCCUGGCCGAAGGUCGCAUUGUUGCCGUGAACCGCCUUGACGGUAGCGUUGUGUACGACCAGGCGGUGCUGGAGCCCGGACAGUCCGCCCUUGGCUUGGUGGCCGACCAGAAGAAGAACACGUACUGGCUUUUCACCAGCCAAGAAAUCUUCGAAGUGGUGGCCAACGACGAGGAGCGGGAUAUCUGGAAAAUCAUGCUGAAGCAACAAGACUACGACGCCGCUCUCCGCUAUGCCAAAGGAGCGGCACAGAAGGACUCCGUGGCGACCGCGUCCGGCGACUUCUUGUCGAGCAAAGGCCAAUACUUGGAGGCGGCGAGCGUGUGGGGGAAGAGCAGCAAAGCAUUCGAAGAAGUGUGCCUGUCGUUGAUCGACAACGGGCAAGAAGAGGCUUUGAAGAGAUACUUGUUGGCCAAGUUGGGCUCGUACAAGAAAUCGUCGAUCAUGCAGCGAGUGAUGAUAGCAACAUGGCUCGUCCAGAUCUUCAUGGCCAAGUUGAACUCGCUGGACGAUAUGGUCGCCACCAAAGCCGAGUUGCUGGAGCACACCGACGCCGGAGGCGCGAAACGCGACUUGGAAAAGGCUCGAACCGAGUUCCAAGAAUUUGUGACCAAAUACAAGUCGGACCUUGACGCAAAGACGGUGUACGAAGUCAUCUCGAGCCACGACAGAGAAGAGGAACUGCUCUUCUUUGCCAACACCAUCACCGACUACGACUACGUUCUCUCUUACUGGGUCCAACGUGAGAAGUGGAACGAGGCGCUGUCGGUGCUGAACAAACAAAGCAACCCCGAGACGUUCUAUCGGUACAGCAAUGUGCUCAUGACCCAUGUAGCCGUGGGACUGGUCGAGAUUCUGGUGCGAAGAAGCAACCUCGACCCGCAGAAGCUGGUCCCCGCCCUCCUCAGUUACAACGAGAACGCCAACGUUCCCUUGAACCAGAAUCAAGCGGUGCGUUACCUGAACUACGUGGUGACGAAUAAUUUCGAGGUGCCCGCGUCGGUCCAUAAUGCGCUCAUUUCGAUCAUGGCUUCACAUCCGUCGCCAUCGGAAACCAUGCUGUUGGGAUACCUUGAGAGUCAGCCUACUCCGCCAUUUUACGAUGCAGACUUCGCAUUGAGGCUCUGUAUCCAACAUAAUCGAGUACAGUCGUGUGUGCACAUCUACAGCACGAUGGGACAGUACCAGCAAGCGGUGGAACUGGCACUGCAGCACGAUGACAUCGACCUAGCGGCGAUUGUCGCCGAUCGGCUCGAGGGUAACGACAAAGUGAGAAAGAGGUUGUGGCUGCUCAUUGCCGAGAAGAAGAUCAAGGAAGCUGCCACCAUCAAAGAAGCGAUUAGUUUCUUGAAGAGAUGCGAGCUGCUCAAGAUCGAAGAUCUCAUCCCGUUUUUCCCAGACUUCGUGGUGAUCGACGAUUUCAAAGAGGAAAUAUGCGAGGCACUGGAGGAGUAUUCGCGGCACAUUGACAACCUCAAGCAGGAGAUGGAUCUGUCACAGCACACGGCAGAGCAAAUCAAAGCUGAGAUCGCGGCACUGGACCACCGCUAUGCCAUCGUGGAGGCGGGUGAGCGGUGCUGGAUCUGCACGCUCCCGGUCUUGAGCCGGCAGUUCUUUGUGUUUCCCUGUCAGCACGCCUUCCACAGCGACUGCCUGGGCAAACGCGUGCUUGAGAGCUCCGGGAGUAGCAAGAGGAAGAGGAUCAAGGACCUGCAGACGGAGGUCAACCAGGGCCUGAGUGUGGGCGUCCAACGGCAAAAGCUAGUGGCCGAGCUGGACGGGUUGGUCGCUGAGCAAUGCGUCUUGUGCGGGGACUUGGGCAUCAAGCAGAUUGAUGAGCCCUUUAUCCACGAGGGUGACGAUGUGGAAGCAUGGGCUAUCUGA